AUGCUUGAAAAUAUUCCCUCGCUCGAACAGCACUCGGCAGAUGAUACCAUGAACGGACAAGGGCAAGAGCAGAUGAACGAUGCGCCUGACAAGUCGCUGGCGACGGCCCUGCACGUUAUCUCCACGGAACGCGAGGCGCUGGCGAAUCUGGAGUCGCUGUACCAGACCAAUGCACUCGCGCAGGAGAACAUCAGUCGCGCGGUUUCCCAGAUCGUCAAGAGCAUAAAAUGCGGCGGCAAGCUCGUGGUCUGCGGUGUUGGGAAGAGUGGGAAGAUCGGGCGCAAGCUCGAGGCGACGAUGAACAGCAUGGGGAUCUACAGUGUCUUCCUCCAUCCGACAGAGGCCCUGCACGGAGAUCUGGGCAUGAUCAGGCCGAUUGAUACCCUCCUUUUGAUAUCCUUCUCUGGACGGACGCCAGAAUUGCUGCUGCUGCUCCCGCAUAUCCCGCAAACAGUGCCUGUUAUUGCCAUCACGGCGCACAUGCAUCCAUCUACCUGUCCUAUACUCUCUUAUCACCGCUCAGACAUGACGAUUCUUCUGCCCGCGCCAGUACACGUGGACGAGGAGACCUCGUUCGGGGUGUCAGCUCCGACGACAUCAACCACCGUGGCGCUGGCGCUGGGCGACGCUUUGGCGCUUGCCACGGCGCGCAGUCUGCACACCACGCCGGGACGGGGCCCUGCAGAGGUGAUCUCCGACCUCGCCGUGUCGGCAGACAAAAUCCCGACUGUCGUCGCUGCUGCGCACCAACAAGUGCGCGUGCUAGACAUCCUCCUCACAGCUCUCCAGCACCCCGCAGCACAAUCCUGGGUAAAGCUGUCUCCGACAGAGAUCAUCCCGCCCGCACGGGUACGCGCCCUGGCGCAGGAGCAAGCAGGCAAGGUCGACGCGAAGCUCACCGACCUGGACCUGCCGAGUCCGAUCAGCGUCAGCGCCGAGCGCUGGUUCCGCGUUUCUGCGUCCAGCCCUGUCGAAGACGUCCGGCGAUGGGUGGCGGAUGCGAUGAAGGCUAGUCCAUCGCCGGUGGUCAUUGGCGUGAUGGACGAUUAUCCAUGUGCUGCUGAAGAAGCAGAUAAGCAGCAGGAGGAGAAAUUUCUGGGCUUUGUUUGUGGGGAGGAUCUUUGCGCUUCGUCCUCCUCUUGA